UGGAAGAGUAAAGAUGGCGCCCACCCACGUACUGAGAUGCUGUCAACGGGGCUUAGCUUGGAUACCUGUGGUUUUUAUCGCCCUAGUCGUAUGUUGGUCCUAUUAUGCGUACGUCGUGGAGCUCUGCAUUUGUAAGUAUCACAAAAAAAUGCUUUUCACUGCGAGUGUCGUUGUGUUAUGGUUGAUAUUUGUGCUAGCUAGCUAACGUUAGCUGGUCACAGGAAGUGAAUGGAGCGACUGCAGCUAGAUAACAAAGGUUUGGCUAGCUAGCUUAUAUAGCUAGUUGGAUCCUGCCCAGGUAGCGCUAUAACUAGCCAAAUCAUAUUCUCUGUAGCUACCCGUUAGCUAGCUAGCGAAUUAAACUGUUCAAUCUUAGCACUUCCUUCAUGCACUUGGGCAUUCACAUCAUUAAAAGCUAUCAUACAUUAGGAUAAUGAUAGCCUACCAACUUCAGUUAUCUGUCGACAUAUUGCCAGAUGUAGAGAACUGUUAACAUUAUUUUCUACCUGCAAUAAUGUACCUAAGUAAAAGACGAAGAAGUAAAGAUAGAGAAUGCUUUUCAUUUGUUUCAAGUGGGCGUGGCUUCCUCUCGUCCCCUCUCCUUCUGCAUUGAUGUCCAAGAACUGGACAGGUGAAAGCUUGCCAGGAAUGCAAGAAAAAUAAUGAGCCAUUCUACAAUGUUUACGGCAAUGUGUCUUGAUGUUGCUAGCUGAAUACAGUAUGUCUGACACCCACAACAUACACCAGAUACAAACAUAACAUUAUUUUCUCUCCUUCCCCCCCUCUUCCUCCUGCAGUCACCAUCCCCAGCAUAGCAGAGAAGAGUAAGUAGUGGCUAUUGACUGGGAUUGAUUUGUACUGGUUGAUUGGCUUUUACUGAAAUUGGCCCAUUUGCUGCUCAUUGGGAGUGUUGUUCCGGACCAUGGCUGAAAAGAGCUUUAUUUACUGUCUGGCUGGACUGGGCUCAAGUUGGACGCACGUAAACACACAUAGAGGCUCAGUGUAGACACUACUAAAUUGAGCCCUUACACUUGACCUAUGCAUGUGCAGAUAGUCAAAAUAUGAAUAUCUGCUAUGUUGGAGCCAGGUGUGAAUGUGUCUCUGACUCUGUCUGUGUCUCUUACAGUCAUCUACAUGGUGUUCUUCCAUCUGUCCUUCGUCAUGUUUGUGUGGUCCUACUGGAAGACCAUCUUCACAAGGCCCGCCAACCCCUCCAAAGAGGUACUAUGCCUUUUUAGAUACCUGCCCUGAAACAUCCACAAUGAUGUAGCUCACAGCUCCACUGGAUAGAUGUGUCUAUGGGUAACUUUAUUCCAUUGACAUAGGUUAUGUCACAGGUGGAGGGACAAUGUUGCUAAGGGACAAACCAUAAUUGAAGUUAUUUUCCUGUGUCUGUUUUGUUCUCUCCUCUCUCUUCCCUCUCUCUCUCUUCCUCCUCUCCAUCUCUCUCUCUCCUGUUAGUUCUGCUUGCCUAAAGCAGAGAAGGAGCAGUAUGUGAAGGAGGAGAGACCAGAGUCGCAGCAGGAGAUCCUGUGGAGGGCUGCCGCUAAUCUGCCCCUCUACACACGCACCGGGGCUGGAGGUCUGUCUGUCUCUAUCUGUCUUGUCUAUCUAUGUUUGUGUGUGUGUGUCUGUCUGUCUCCCAGUUGAUUGAUCCAGCCCUGGCCGUUGAGUGUGUAGCUGAUCAGUUGGAUUGAUGUGUUGUUGAUGUGUUUUUUAUACAGCGAUCCGCUACUGUGACCGGUGUCAGGUGAUCAAACCAGACCGCUGCCACCACUGUUCUGCCUGCGACAUGUGAGUCUGCUAUUUCCUGUCUCCUCUCUCUUCCAGUCUUGCUUUUCCUGUUGAAUGGCCUAAUUCAGAAUGUUUUGUUUCAUUCUUCUCCCUUGUCUUUCCUUCUGGCCUCUUCCAUGUAUUAGGUGUGUGCUGAAGAUGGACCAUCAUUGCCCCUGGUAUGUUGUCUGUUUCCUCACAUUCACAGUAGAUCAUACUAUUCUAAUGUUUAGAGGAAGUGAGGUCAUAACUCAACUUAUUUUUUGCCUCUCUCCUCUCAGGGUGAACAACUGUGUGGGAUUCUCCAACUACAAGUUCUUUAUUCUGUUCCUGUGCUACUCUCUGGUGUACUGUUUGUUCAUUGCAGCCACCGUACUGCAGUAUUUCAUCAAGUUCUGGACAGUGAGUAAUGAGCUGUGUUCGAAUACCCAUACUAACAUACUGUAUACUACGUACUUAAUGAGUACAUACUAUAUACUAUUAGUUCAUUUUAGUAUACUGUAAACGAAUGGUAUCCUUUCAGUUGAGCGUACUAGCGCUUCACCUGUCUACCGGAAGUUGAUGCUGUUGCUAUGCAACCUCUUGCUAGCUUGUUAGCAUAACAAAUGACUAGCUAGACAUUUUACGAUUUCGGGUGUGUUUGUAAAUUCAAUCUGGAGUGCCAGUGCGCACAGAUUGUCCAUUCGUAAAUUCAGAGCGUUUCGCUCUCGGCGCGCACACUGGACGCUCUGGCCGAGGAGUAGGGUUGAUUCAAUCGUUCUUACCUCACAACGGCAGUCAAGCACCCGAGCUAACUGGCUAACGUUGGCUAGCUUGCUAGCUGCUUCCAGACACAAAUGAGAGAACACCUCACUCUGACCAUUUUACUCGCCCUAGUAGAGCUGGUUAGACUAUUCAUGUUAUCCAAAGCGUUGGUGACUGUAACUGCUGCUGGCAGCAAUUUAAUUAUGCUUGUCUUUGCCAACAUUUACUGACACCGGCCAUAUUCAACGGGUGUUGAGCGUUCGUAAAUCCAUCAGUUAUUCUGCGCUCUGGCACACUCAGACGAGAGUGCUCUGAAAUCGGAGUAGAUAGCCAGAAUUAACUAUGUCCAUUGAGAACUCACAACGAUUAUACCACUUAGCUAAGAAUGAUGUGAAUAAUAAAAUCAAUAAACUUUGGGUAGUUACUUAGAUAGCAUAUACAGUGAGGGAAAAAAAGUAUUUGAUCCCCUGCUGAAUUUGUAAGUUUGCCCACUGACUCCUCUUUGCAGAUCUUCUCCAAGUCAUUAAGGUUUUGAGCCUGACGUUUGGCAACUCGAACCUUCAACUCCCUCCACAGAUUUUCUAUGGGAUUAAGGUCUGGAGACUGGCUAGGCCACUCCAGGACCUUAAUGUGCUUCUUCUUGAGCCACUCCUUUGUUGCCUUGGCCGUGUGUUUUGGGUCAUUGUCAUGUUGGAAUGACCCAUUUUCAAUGCCCUGGCUGAGGGAAGGAGGUUCUCACCCAAGAUUUGACGUUACAUGGCCCCGUCCAUCGUCCCUUUGAUGUGGUGAAGUUGUCCUGUCCCCUUAGCAGAAAAACACCCCCAAAGCAAAAUGUUUCCACCUCCACGUUUGACGGUGGGGAUGGUGUUCUUGGGGUCAUAGGCAGCAUUCCUCCUCCUCCAAACACGGCGAGUUGAGUUGAUGCCAAAGAGCUCGAUUUUGAUCUCAUCUGACCACAACACUUUCACCCAGUUCUCCUCUCAAUCAUUCAGAUGUUCAUUGGCAAACUUCAGACGGCCCUGUAUAUGUGCUUUCUUGAGCAGGGGGACCUUGCGGGCGCUGCAGGAUUUCAGUCCUUCACGGCGUAGUGUGUUACCAAUUGUUUUCUUGGUGACUAUGGUCCCAGCUGCCUUGAGAUCAUUGACAAGAUCCUCCCGUGUAGUUCUGGGCGGAUUCCUCACCGUUCUCAUGACCAUUGCAACUCCACGAGGAGAAAUCUUGCAUGGAGCCCCAGGCCGAGGGAGAUUGACAGUUAUUUUGUGUUUCUUCCAUUUGCGAAUAAUCGCACCAACUGUUGUCACCUUCUCACCAAGCUGCUUGGCGAUGGUCUUGUAGCCCAUCCUUGGAGAGCUCUUUGGUCUUGGCCAUGGUGGAGAGUUUGGAAUCUGAUUGAUUGAUUGCUUCUGUGGACAGGUGUCUUUUUAUACAGGUAACAAGCUGAGAUUAGGAGCACUCCCUUUAAAAGUGUGCUCCUAAUCUCAGCUCGUUACCUGUAUAAAAGACACCUGGGAGCCAGAAAUCUUUCUGAUUGAGAGGGGGUCAAAUACUUAUUUCCCUCAUUAAAAUGCAAAUCAAUUUAUAACAUUUUUGACAUGCGUUUUUCUGGAUUUUUUUGUUAUUCUGUCUCUCACUGUUCAAAUAAACCUACCAUAAAAAUUGUAGACUGAUCAUUUCUUUGUCAGUGGGCAAAUGUACAAAAUCAGCAGGGGAUCAAAUACUUUUUUCCCUCACUGUAGUUAAUAUACUGCCUGGCAAGUUCGAUGUAUUAGUGCCAACUAAUGUUAGGACGGUAACUAGCUAACAUACCGGUACAUACUGUAAUGCUAUGCGGUUCGUAAGGAUAGCGUAGCUAACAAAUUGUCAGCCAACAUAACGUGUAAUGUAACUUAUUUGAAAAGUCAUUACUUUAUUACAUUGCUCAACAUUUUCCAAACAUUUGUUACAGUCAAAACUUAUUACAUUGCUCAACAUUUUCCAACAUUUGUCAUAAUUGAUUGAAAGAUCUCUAUGAAUUUGUAUCCCGAUUUCCAACAUUUGUCUAAUUAUUAAAGCAAGAACUUUGUAAUCCGCUCUCGUCGGACCUCGGCUGCAUAUUUUCCGUUAUUUUCUUCAAAUCUGAAAACGUUGUGAAGCCACGCCCAUUUUCGGAAGAAUUGCACAAUGGUCCCUAAAAUCACGGAAAUAGUGUCCACUUCUUGUAUAAUUCCUAUUUUGGUGAAUUUAGUACGACAUCCGGGAACUUUUGGCAUACUAACUAUUUCCAUACUAUGACCAAUAAGCAUGCUCUAUUUACUUCACAAAUAGUACAGUUCGUGCGGUUAGUAUGAGUAUUCGAACACAGCUAUGGUCUCCCAUCUCCUCCAUCUCUCACAUUCACUGUAGCCUGUGUUUGUUCUGGCAUCCACUGCUUUAGUCUUGUUAUUCCCCACCCACCCAUGCAUUCAGUGCUGCAGAUGUUGGUUUGUGUGUGUGUGCGUGUUUUUUCCCACAUGUAAGAUCGAUAUGAAACGCUACAGUCUGUGUGUGGAUGAGAAGGGUCGAAAUGGUGAGUGUGGGAAAUGCUACUAUCUGUGUGUUGUCACCGCUUGGCUUGUUCCACAUCCUGCUGCUUAGUACUCUGGCCUCAGCUGUACUGCUUCACUGUUAUGCAGCUUCCUCUUUCUUUCUUCUGUCCUUCCUCUGCCUUCUCUCUCUCUCUUUUUACCUUUUGCUCUCCCUCUGACCCCCCUCUUUCCCUCACACAGACAUUAUUCAUGUUCUCUGUUCUGUCUGCCCUCCGCGCCCCCCCUCUCUCUCUGUUCAUUUCUACCAUGCCUUCUCACCACCCCUGACUCUGCCACCUCCCUGCUCCUCAGUCCUCUUUUAACACACUCUCUUUCUUCCACCUGGUUUUCUCUUUCCCCCCAAAUGACUCCUAUUUCACCACCUCCCCCUCUCUCGCUCUACCCUACCCUCUCUCCCUCUGACCUCUCCUGGUGUCUAACAGUCUUGUCUCUGUUUGUACUAAAGCUUUGCCGGAGGAAAUCGGCAGAGAACUGCCCCAAGGUAACCCAGCCUCCAAAGCCUUAGUGUUGCUGUUGCAGGGCGUGAAGUGCACCUGUGGAUGAUGUUGUGUGGUGGCGUUAUAAUAUGUGUGCGUUGUCGUGUUUUGUUGUGUUGACAUGGUUACCAAGGCACCCCGCGUCUCUCUCUCUCACCACCACCCCUUCCUCCAUGUGGUUUUUGACAUUGACACUCUCUCUCUCUCUCUCUUUCUUUCUCUUCUCCCCCUCUCCUCCCAGAAUGAGCUGCCAGACACUCACGCCAAAUUCCAUGUCUUGUUUCUCUUUUUUGUGGCGGCCAUGUUCUGCAUCAGCAUUCUCUCCCUCUUCAGCUAUCACCUGUGGCUCGUAGGGAAGAACAGGUCCACCAUAGGUAACACACACACAGUCCCUCACGCACACGCACACACAGUCCUGCAACGCACACACAGUGAUACACACCCUCACUCGCUCCUCAGACACUCCACGCUCACUCACUCCCCCUCUACCCCCCCCCUCUCUCUCUCCCUCCCUCAGAGGCGUUCAGGGCUCCAGUAUUCAGGACAGGUUCUGAUAAGAACGGUUUCUCUCUGGGCUUCGGGAAGAACAUCGCCCAGGUGUUUGGAGACCAGAAGAAGUUCUGGCUGCUACCCAUCUUCACCAGGUUAGAGUGAGGGAUGGAUGGAUGGAUGAAAUCUUAAUCAACCAGUCUCUAACCCAGAGUUUCUUAUCUUCUCUCUCCUCUCUCACGGUGUGGUGUGUUGUGAUACUGUGUGGUGUGUUGUGAUACUGUGUGGUGUGGUGUGUUGUGAUACUGUGUGUGUGUUGUGAUACUGUGUGGUGUGGUGUGUUGUGAUACUGUGGUGUGUUGUGAUACUGUGUGGUGUGGUGUGUUGUGAUACUGUGUGGUGUGUUGUGAUACUGUGUGGUGUGGUGUGUUGUGAUACUGUGUGAUGAGUUGUGAUACUGUGUGGUGUGGUGUGUUGUGAUACUGUGUGAUGAGUUGUGAUACUGUGUGGUGUGGUGUGUUGUGAUACUGUGUGGUGUGUUGUGAUACUGUGUGGUGUGGUGUGUUGUGAUACUGUGUGAUGGUUGUGAUACUGUGUGGUGUGGUGUGUUGUGAUACUGUGUGGUGUGGUGUGUUGUGAUACUGUGUGGUGUUGUGAUACUGUGUGGUGUGGUGUGAUACUGUGUAUACGUGUGUGGUGUGUUGUUGUUGGUGUGUAAUCAGGUGAUGGAUACGUUCCAUCAGGUGUGUAUUGGACAACUGUGUGCAGGGUGGUAUAAUGGGUCAGGGUGAUGGACUGACGUUCCCAUCACGGCUGGUCAACAUUGACCCAGAACAGCCCACAGUCAGCCUACAGCCAGAGGCCAAUAAAAGGUAAUCAAAUAUGAUCAAUAUAUCAAUCAAUGUGAACAGUACCAACAAACGGUGAUCAGAUGUGAGAUUAAGAUUAAGCUGAAACCUGAGCGCUUCUAUUUGACAAAUAUAUAGUGUAACGUAAAAUAUUAUCUAAAAAUGUUCAGUAAUGCAUUAUCAAUUAGAUGUUUUUAAAUGAAUUAUUUUCUUCCCAGUAUUGAAGAUGUCCCGGCCAGUCCUCUCAGUGAGUCUCAGAACCAUCUCCUAGGCAAUGAGCAGCAUGCCAACAACGUCACAGAACACCUGGAGAAUGACAGUAGGUAUCUGCUCACAAUUGAUCUGUAUGUUCUGCUCAGAAUGGUAUUGAUGGUAGCUAAGGGAUAGUUUUGGUCAUAAAAACCUCUGACCUCUGUGUUCUAGCUGGGAGUGAGACCAUCACAAUCAUCAUGGAGAGGGAGUCAUAACAAGGUGAGCCAACCAGAGUUCUGCCCCUGACUACAUCUGGCUUCUAUGAGGCUGGAUUUCAUAAACUAAAUGUAUUAUCUCUCUCUGUAUCUUUCUCUCGCUCUCUUUCUUCUCUCUCCUCAGGAGAAGAAACCAGCCAUCUAAUAUGAUGCCUUAAGUAUGCCACCAUUUUUUUGUCACCAUGGAAACAGUCUCCCAAUGCAUCCCUGUAGCUACGAAAAUGUCACACUCAGCAUAACCAUGGAAACGGACUUUCACGCGUCACCAUAGAUAUACCCUAUAGCCUUGUCUUUUAAUCAUCAGCAAGUUACACACACACACAAGUAUUUAUGCAGUUGCACAGAAGAACCACACAAAGCCUACUGUAAACACAUUUUUAUUUUAGUUGACUGUGACCCGAUUGUUCACCCAGGACUGAUAAUGGAUCUCAGAAUCACUUGAUGAUGGCAGGAAUAGUAAUCAAUCUUCGCACUUCAGAGUGGAGACUGCCUGUGCCAAAAGCUGACAGACUGGGUGUUAAAUGGACCAGGGCUGAGGAAGGACCUGAACUGGGAGAAGACUGUCUGAGCUGGGAGGUACUGGGACAUAAUGAUUUGUACAGAUUUUUCACCCAACGUUUAUAAAAUGGAUGCUAUGAAGCUGGAAGAUAUCACCAAGACUGAUAAAACUACAUGGAAGAAGCCUAAUUUUGUUUACACAUAAUUUAUGGGAGUGUUUGGUGUGUACCAUCGAUGGACAUUACAAGGGGUGCCUAAAAGACAAAACCUGGACUAUACGAAGAAGAACCAUUGGAGGGGAUGCUGGACUAAACCAUUGCUAAAGUGAAAUGGGAGUGUCCAACCGGGUUUUGAUCAUGUCAAUGCACAUGUCGCAUUUGCACUCUCAAGAUUAAGUUUUAAUAUCCAUCACGUGCUGCAUUCUUCAUGUCCAAAAACAGAUUAAGAAAGGUGUGUCCUUGAGUUGGUGUGUGUAAUCAGAUUUGUGAAGAGAGUGAAAGAGGGAAUGCCUGCAUGAGUGUGUAUGUAGGCAUAUUUGUUGAGAGUGUGAGGAUGUGCAGGCAGGUGCUUGCUGUAACUAACAGCCUAGAAGGAUCAGCUUUAGGUGUUAAUGAAUGGAUGGAUUGAUAGUUUGGUUUACAUUCAUUCACCAGCUGUGUGUCGACCCUGAAGGGGAUUUAAUGUGAGAGUAUACAGUAUAUCCUCAAGCUCCUCCUCAACCAGUUCUAGCUCAUGGUCACUUUAUUACACGUUGAUCAAUGAUUAUUUUAACGUAUCAGACACUACAACCUUGAACAUCACCUUUUACGAGGGCUGCGUCUGAAAUUACACCCUAUUUCUCCAUAUAGUGUACUUUUGACUAGAGCCACGUAGGGUUAGUGGUUAAACUUGUGUGCUAUAUGGGGAAUAGGCUGUGAUUUGGGAUCAGCCUGAGGUCACCAUUCAUUGCCAAAUAAAGGGCUGACCAAUCAGCUGCUCUGACCUCUGAACUGGGAGUGUUUACAACACCUGAUGCCAUAGAAUUAGAAUUCUAGUUUUAGUAUUCUAGUUCUUCUAGUUCUAUGCUCUCACAUCAUUGGCCUGUUUCAUGGAAACCAAAUUAAAUUGCUUAGUUGUGACUUGAUGUUUUUAAGGUUUUCCCAUGUGUGCCCAAACCCUAGCUGUCGAGGCUGGGCCACCCUGCAGUACUGGUGCCGGCCAGCAGGUGGCAACACCUCUCAGCUGUCUAGCUCCCUUCUGUUGUACAGUACUUGUUGUUCCUCCAAAACGAGGUGCCUCACAGUUUAUGUCUAUAGUGGACCAGUAUGUAUCAUAUGCAGUAAGAUUCCCUGUGAUGUGAAAGUGUUCGGGGCUCAGUUUGUGUGAACUGUGAGGUGGUGUUGUAGUGUGUCCAUGUGUCAAAACAGCUGUGAUUGGAAGGUGUCAGUGACAGGGGCGGACAGAAUCUGCGGUUUCCUCAACUGGUUUUAGAUAAACGGAAAAGCGUUUCAAAACUUUACAUUUUUUACCUCAGUUGAAGUCAAAAGUGAAGACAACCGUUGUAAAGGUAUUGAUAUGGGCUCCCGAGUGGCGCAGUGGUCUAAGGCACUGCAUUUCAGUGCGUGAGGCGUCACUACAGACUCC